AUGUCGAAGUUCCUGCAGGCGGAGGCCCAGAGGCAGGCCGCCACCGGCGCGGAGGGUGGCCGCUUCCCGGGCAUGAGCUCCCUCACCUCGAUGACGUCCAUGGGCGACCCGGCCGUGGUCGCGAAGCAGAGCGUGCGCGCUUGGGACGGCUGCACGGCCUGCUCCCACGUGGCGUACUCGAUGUCAGAGGACGCCUUCAUCUUCCCGAUCACCCCCUCGUCGCCCAUGGCCGAGAUCUGCGAGGCCUGGUCGGUGGCCGGGGUCAAGAACAUCUGGGGCGGCCGCCUCAACGUCCAGCAGCUCCAGUCGGAGGCCGGCGCCGCCGGCGCCCUCCACGGCUCCGUGGCCGCCGGCGGCCUGGGCACCACGUUCACCUCCUCGCAGGGGCUGCUGCUGAUGAUCCCGAACAUGUACAAGAUCGCGGGCGAGCUCAUGCCCUGCGUGAUCCACGUGGCUGCGCGCGCCCUGGCGGGCGAGGCGCUGUCCAUCUUCGGAGACCACCAGGACGUGAUGGCAGCGCGCGCCACCGGCUGGGGCAUGCUGUCGGGCCAGUGCGUGCAGGACUGCCAGGAUCUCGCACUGGUGGCCCACAUCGCAACGCUCAAGGGCCGGGUGCCGAUUGUGCACUUCCAGGACGGCUUCCGCACUUCGCACGAGAUCAACACCAUCGAGGCGCUCAGCGUGGAGGACAUGCGCUCGCUGAUGGACCCCGAGGACCUGCGGCAGCACCGCUCGCGCGGCCUCUCUCCCUUGUCGCCCGUCGUGCGCGGCAGCAACCAGAACCCCGACGUCUACAUGCAGGCGCUGGAGGGGGCGAACCUCUACUACGACCGGCUGCCAGGCAUCGUCCAGGAGUGCAUGGACAAGGUCAGCCAGCUCACGGGGCGCCCCCUGUCCCUGGUCCGCUACCAGGGCGACCCGGAGCCCGAGCACCUGGUCAUCCAGAUGGGCAGCGCCGUGAGGGUCACGGAGUCCGUGCUGCCCAAGCUCAACGCCGCGGGCCACAAGGUGGGGGUCAUCAGCCCGCUGCUCUUCCGGCCCUGGCCCGCGGAGGCGCUGCUGGAGCUGAUCCCCUCCAGCGUGAAGACGGUGACCGUGCUCGACCGGACGAAGGAGCACGGGUCGUACCGCGAGCCUCUGUUCCUCGAUGUCUCGGCCACGCUCGCCUCCGACCCCCGCUUCGCCGGCGUCACGCUGCUGGGCGGCCGCUACGGCCUCGGCUCCAAGGAGUACACUCCCUCCAUGGCGCAGUCGAUCUUCGAGAAUGCCAUCGGGGUGCAGAAGGAUCGCUUCACCGUGGGCAUCGAGGACGACGUGACCUACACCAAUCUCCCCGUCUGUGAGGGCGGCAAGCUGGACUCCUGCGUCCCCGAGGGUACCUCCCAGUGCGUCUUCUACGGCCUGGCUGGCGACGGCACGGUCGGCGCCAACAAAAACGCCGUGAAGAUCAUCGGUGACAACAGCAGCCUCAAGGCCCAGGCGUACUUCGCGUACUCUUCGGUGAAGGCCGGCACGCCCACCGUGUCCCACAUGCGGUUCGGGCCCACGGGCAUGGAGGCCCCCUACCUGACGCUGCCAGACUCCGCGGACUACCUGGCGUGCUCCUUCACCGGCCACAUCAACUCGCUCGACAUGCUCCGCUUCGUCAAGCCAGAGACGGGCACUUUCGUGCUCAACUGCCCCUGGUCGUCCAUCGACGAGCUGAACGCGAAUCUGCCUGUGCACGUGAGGAGGGCGAUCGCCCAGAAGAACGUCAAGUUCUACACCAUCGACGCCAGCCGCGUCGCCAAGGACAGCGGCCUCGGCAAGCUCACGAACAAUGUGAUGCAGACCGCGUUCUUCAACCUCUCCAACGUGCUGCCCGUUGACCAGGCCAUGAGCUACUUCCAGGACGCCAUCCAGAAGACGUACAAGAAGCACGGGGACGCCGUGAUCCAGCGCAACCUGAGCGCCGUCGAGAACGCCAUGUCCAGCCUGAUGGCCAUCGAGUACCCGCGGGAGGAGUGGCUCGCCCUGGAGCCCGCGCCCCUGCCGGAGGCCCUGAAGUACGAGGGCUACGACGACCCCUUCCACAUGCAGGUCCUCGCUGAUCCCGUCUCGAGGGCGAUGACAUCCCGGUGUCCGCGUUCCCGCCUGGCGGCGUGA